CCUUUCCCACGACGGAACGUGUCGUGUGCUGGACGCGUUUUUGUUUUCUCCCUUCUAUUGUUAUUUCUUGGACUCGGAAUAUUACCUACUACGCAGAAAAAAGUGAGAUAUGGCGGGUGUUCAGGCUAUCCGCGCGAAUUGCCGCAAGAUCAUGUGCAUAGGCAGAAACUAUGCCGACCACGUAAAAGAGCUCAACAACAAAGCCCCCAAACAACCCUUCUUCUUCCUCAAGCCCCCCUCUUCCAUUUUACUUCCAGGAGCUGGCCCCGUCCUACGCCCUCGCGGGGUAAACCUGCACUAUGAGGUCGAGCUCGGUCUGAUCAUGGGCAAAACGGUGCGAGAUCUGGAUCCUGAGGACACAAAGGGAGCAUUAGAUGCUAUUGAAGGCUACGUUCUAGCAAUUGAUAUGACGGGCCGCAACGUGCAAGACGAAGCGAAAAAGAAGGGCCUCCCGUGGUCCAUAGCAAAAGGCUUCGACACCUUCCUCCCCAUCUCCAACCUGAUUGCAAAAUCCCGCAUCCCCAAUCCUCAAAACGCCCACCUCUGGCUCUCUGUGAACGGCGAGAUGAAACAGUCCGAUAACACCGAAUUGAUGCUCUUCCGAAUUCCAAGACAGUUGAGCGAUAUUAGCCGGGUAAUGACGCUCGAAAAGGGCGAUAUUGUGCUGACGGGUACACCAAAAGGUGUUGGAUCGGUUACAACCGGGGAUGUGAUGAAGGCGGGUUUGAAGGUCGAUGGAAAGGAUAUUGAGGAGGCGAAUCUGGAGGUGCCCGUUGAGGAUCGUGAGGGGUCUUAUGAGUUCCGCGAGACCUAGUCGAAUUGCUACCGAUAGACCGGCGAUGCGUGAUGCAAUCAAUCAAAUAACUUGUCCCUUUGCUUGCAUUUCAAGAAACGUUUGCAGGUCUGGAACGCCGGACGUUGGCCCAGGAAGUCCGAAUGGUCCGCUCGUGGUACUCGGUCCGGCAGCCGAUGGAUUGGGCGUGAAUGAAG